AUGAACUACUGUCAGUUGGUCCAAGAUGUGAAGCUCCACAUCACUGCAAAGAAUUUGCAUCCUAUCAUUGAAGAUGAGAUAGACAACCCUGUUAGCGAAGCUGAGAAAGCCACUACCAUGAUCUUCAUCCGAAGACAUAUUCAUGACACACUACAAACUGAGUACCAUACUGAGGAGGAUAAACAAGCACUAUGGGUCAUUUUGGCUGAUCUUUGUCGAAUCAGAUCACCUCUUAAGUUUUGUAAUGAAACUUUAACCGAAGAGGAUCUCCUGAAGAAGACCUAUUCGACCUUCUCUGUUACUAAUAUUGUCAUGCAGCAAAAAUAUAAAGCUUAUAAGUUCACCAAGUUCUCAGAUUUGAUCUCUGUUUUACUUCUCGCUGGAAAGCAAAACCAACUGUUAAUGAAGAAUCAUUAA